UCACAACCAUGGCCGACAUUACGAGCAUCGUAUCUCUUUACCUGUUGUGGAAGAGGGAGAGACGUCAGAAUGCUCGUCGUCGUUUUUGGGUUCAUGAGACCAUUCGGAGCCGUACAGAGCUCGGUGAAUUUCACCGUCUUCUGCAGGAGCUCCGUCUGGAUGGCGAACGCUUCCAGCGCUAUUUGAGGCUGACUCCGGCCCAGUUUGAUGACCUGCUAGCUAGGAUCGGUGCUAGGAUCUCUUGGUUGGACACCAACUACAGGCGCUCCAUCUCAGCUUCGGAGCGCCUGUCCAUCUGUCUCCGAUACCUAGCCACUGGGGACUCCUACAGGACCAUCGCAAAUAGUUUCCGUGUUGGGAUCUCCACUGUCUCCAGCAUUGUCCCUGAUGUUGCCACUGCAAUCUGGGACUCUCUGGUGGAAGAGUUCAUGGCUGUGCCCAGCACAGAUGAGUGGAGGUCCAUUGCAGGGAGGUUUGAGGAGGGCUGGAAUUUUCCUCUUUGCUGUGGAGCAUUAGAUGGGAAGCAUGUGGUCAUCAAAGCCCCUGCUCACUCAGGAUCCCAGUUCUACAAUUACAAGGGAACUUUCUCUCUUGUUCUCUUGGCGGUUGUAGACGCGGAAUAUUGUUUCCGGGUGAUUGAUGUCGGGGGGUACGGAAGAACCAGCGAUGGUGGGAUUCUGGCCAACUCUGCUUUUGGUGCAGCCCUUCAGUCUGGCACCCUCCAACUGCCUGCCGACCUGCCACUACCAGGAGCUGACCACCGAGGACCACAGCCACAUGUCUUCGUGGCUGAUGAGGCCUUUCCACUGCGGAAAAACCUCAUGAGGCCAUUCCCUGGUCGCAACCUGGCAAGAGAGCGCCGGGUUUUCAAUUACCGUCUGUCCCAAGCUCGGAUGGUUGUGGAGAAUGCCUUUGGGAUCCUUUCUUCCCAGUGGAGGGUCUACAGGCGUGCCUUCGAGGUCAACGUUGAGGUUGCGGAGAAGUGUGUGAAGGCUACCUGUAUUCUCCACAACUUCAUGCGGAGGACCACCCCCCCAAGUGCAUUGAGGGGGAACAUCCCAGUUGGCGAGGUGGACCCACUGCCAGGUCUACGGAGAGUUGCUGCCAACAACUCAGCGAGGGAAGCCAUCAGGAUUCGGGAGGCCUUCAAGUCCUACUUCUCCGCUGAGGGAACCGUCCCAUGGCAAGACAACGUGUAGCGCACCAGCACACCCAAAACGGCUCUUUUAAGAGCCACCCACACAAUACUAUUGAGGAAACUUCCUGAAAUUACUUUAUUGACAGUGAUCUUCUGACUUAAUGAAGAAUGUCUCCUUAACAUACAA